UUCUGUCAGGAGUAAACAGAGUCAAAGCACAUACAUUGUACAGUUGUGCGAAGAGAAAACGCUGGACAGAAACGUGGGAACAAUGUAUGCGAUGUCUGUGUAUUUUACAGGGGGGCGACUCCUGUUUCUAGUGAUGUGGCUGAACCUUGUGCCUCAAACUGACAGCUGCCCUGCCAAGUGUGUGUGCUACAGUGAGCCCCGGCCCACUGUGGCCUGCCAACAACAAGGACUGUUUUCCAUCCCUACUGAGAUCCCUGUGCGUAGCCAACGGAUAUUCCUCCAGAGCAACAAGCUAAUGGUGGUGAGAUCCACCAGCUUCAGUUCUUGCCACAAUCUCACUGUUCUCUGGCUCUACUCCAACAACAUCAGCUACAUUGAGGCUGGAGCCUUCUACGGCUUGGAAAAACUGGAGGAACUGGACAUUGGAGACAACAGCAACCUCCGCACCAUCAGCCCUACAGCCUUCCGGGGCUUAACCAAGUUGCACACCCUCCAUCUGCACAGGUGUGGCCUGUCAGAGCUCCCUGUUGGCGUUUUCCGAGGAAUGUUCUCCCUACAGUACCUUUACUUGCAGGACAAUUACAUUCUAACCCUGCAUGAUGACACUUUUCUGGACCUUGCCAACCUCACCUAUCUCUACCUGCACAAUAACAAAAUCAAGAUAGUAACAGAUAACAUGUUUCGAGGCUUAAUCAAUCUGGACCGGCUGCUGCUACACCAGAAUCGGGUUAUCUAUGUCCAACCAAGAGCUUUUAGUGAUCUUGGCAAGCUGAAAUCCCUGUUCUUGUUCUUCAACAAUCUUACUGUGUUGACAGGAGAGACCAUGGACCCUCUGUUGUCUCUCCAGUACUUGCGUUUAAAUGGGAACCAGUGGAUCUGUGACUGCCGAGCGAGAACCUUGUGGGACUGGUUCAGACGUUUCAAAGGUUCCAGCUCUGAGUUGGAGUGCAAUGUUCCUGAGUUCCUGGCAGGAAAAGACCUGAAACGCCUGAAAAGUGAAGACUUGGAGGGUUGUGUGGAAACGCCUCAAAUCCAGACCAAUCUCUUCAGCUCCAAGGCACAGUCUGGAAAAUUCCCUUCAACUGAAAAUCCUCUUGGGGACACCAUUCCAAGGUGUUGCCUUGGAGAUAAUGACAAGUCCUCCAUCCUGUCUGGCAAGAGCCGCCAAAUCACUAACAACCCCCUUAAGGAAAAGGAAAACAUGUCUAAGACUAAAUAUAAGGAGCCGGAACGAACAAAAAACGAGACCCAGAACAAGCAGAAUGAUGGACCACUGGGAACAUUGUCCAACACCUUGGACAAGUCUCUGGAAAACCUAAACCCUGAACUUAUAGACAAUCUGGAAUCAUCUACAGCGUCAAACAAAAAGAAAAAGAAGUGUUUCAAAAAGCCCAAAUCAGACACCCAGUGUAUCAAAGGCCAGGGUUCUACUUUGCAAGUGCUGCGCUUUCUCUUCAUUCCCAUGAUCUGGAUAUCUUUAGUCAUGUCUUAGGACUCCUGAUCUCACUCUGAACACAGGACUCAAGAUUGUUGAUGCUCAUGACAAUGAUAACAGAAGAUGCAGUGACAUCUACAACAGACAGUGACUGAAAAGCAAGAAGUCACGUUGACCCAACACGGGCGAGGACAAACAAUGAUAAGGAUGUUAGAGUACAUUUAACAAAAUGGAUGCCUUUACAGAACACUACAGAUUUAAUGUAUAUAAUGAAUUGGUGCCCAAAAUUGUUUGUUCUCUAUGUACUUAACUGUACUGUGUCUAAGCUACACUUCGGAGACUCCUCCAUUUUUCCCUCUCAAAAGCUUUUACUGCUUAGACAGACCACUGGAAGAAUUAAAAAAACUAAAAACAAAAAAACAAAUACAGGAAAUCAGAGACAGAGUGCACACAAAGAAUGUUAGGUCCGUUUAAAUGAAGAUAAAGGAUCUCCCCCCAUUAUUUAUUCAAAGUGAUGCAUUUGUUGGGUAAUGUUAUGUUUUUUUUAUGUUUAUAAAAACAAAUGUUUUACCUCCCCUUAUUUUAGUUCUAUUUUCAUGACAGAAAGGGUAUAUGGAUAGCAUUUACCAAAAGAAUGCUGUCAAUUUGUUUAUGGAGAUUGCAAUGGAACCAUAGAUAUGCAUUUUAUUUUACUUGUGUACAAGUAUGAAUAUAUUAUGAAUAAAAGUUCUUAUUUCGUA